ACUUACCCUACGGCUUUCCAGGUUCGGCAAAGUGCAACUAAUUUUAUCUCCUUGUUAUUUGUGUUAGUAUAUCUUAAUCUAUCAUCAUGGCCUCUCCAAUUGGAUUGCUGUCAGGCAGGCUUGCCCUUGUUACUGGUGGUGGAAGUGGUAUUGGAAGAGCUGUAUGCCAUGUUUUAGCCAGAGAAGGAGCCAGAGUGGUUGUUACAGACCUAAACUCAAUAGCUGCGGAGGAAACCAAGAAGCAUCUUGAUGAUAUAGGAGGUAGAUAUGAACACUUGGCCCUACCUGUGGAUGUCUCGGUAGGCAGAUCAGUCCAGUCACUUAUUGUAGAUAUCAGAGGAAAGUUCAAUGCUGCACCUUCCAUAGUUGUUAAUUCAGCUGGAAUCACAAGGGAUAACUUCUUACUUAAAAUGGAUGAAAACAGCUGGAAUGCUGUGAUGAAUGUCAACCUUAAGGGUACAUUUCUGGUCACACAAGCUGCAUCAGCUGCCAUGUUAGAUGAUAAACUUCCAAAAAGCAGUAUCAUCAACAUUGCCUCGAUUAUUGGCAAAACAGGAAAUGUCGGCCAGUGCAACUAUGCUGCUAGCAAAGCAGGGGUUGAAGCUUUUACGAGAUCUGUAUCCAAAGAAUUGGCAAAGUACAACAUAAGAUGUAACGCCGUUUUACCUGGUUUCAUUGAAACGCCAAUGGUACAAUCUGUCCCUGAUAAAGUCAAAGAAAAGUUUAAAGCUUUGAUUCCGUUCGGACGUAUGGGCCUACCUGAAGAGGUAGCAGAAGUGGUACUUUUCUUGGCUUCGGAUAGAAGUAGCUACGUGACCGGUAAUUGCAUCGAAGUAUCUGGAGGAUUAGCAACAUAAGGAAAGAAGCUUACCCUGGCCCUCAGUUUUGAUUUACAGAAAUUCUAGUUUUAUUGUUACUGCCUCAGAUACAACUAAGGAGUACAUAGUCGAUUGUUCUAUGCUCCAUAA